AUGUCUAAUGACUUUAUUCUGGGGGCAGUGUGCACCGAUGAGCCUGGCACAAUCGAGGAAACUCUCUACAUGAGCAGUGCUGCUCCUACUUCGUAUCAUGCCUCCGACUCGACAGUCCCCUCCCAGCGCCAAAAUGUCCAGUACUCCCAAAGCUGGAGUGCAGAAGAGUGGUCGGAAAAGAUACUAGGCCAACAGCCAGUUAGGGCUUCACACAUCAAGUUACAGAAAAGAGUGAAUGAGUUUCUCGUACACGCCAGCGCUCAGGAGAAGAAUGAGCUCGAGCAAAGUCGACAGCAGCUCCUCGAGAUGAUUCAGGACGCCAAGGCCGCAGGCAAGAACACUCAUCCCGACUCGAGAGAUGCAUCGCUCAGAACAAAGUUCCGGCAAGCAUGGUCUUCAACGUCCCAAAUGGCAUAUCAAUACUCCCAGAUGCUGGACCCCAUGAUAGGUCAGGCGCCUGGAUAUGUUUCGCUCGCAUAUGGGGCUAUCAAGAUUAUCCUCACGGUGCAGAUGAAUUAUCAAGAGCUUAAGGAGAAGGUGAAGCAAUAUCUCGACCAGAUUGCGGCCAAAUUUGAGCUCACAGAUCAUUUGACUGCUUACAUUCCGACGAAGCAAUUGGUCGACCAUUUCGCCCAGGCUUAUCAUUUAUUCACCAAGUUCCUGUCGAAAGCGGUCAAAUACUACACGCAGAGUCGGGUGAAAACGUAUCUGAAAGCCAUCACAAGACCAUGGGAUCGCUUCCAGCAGCUAGUGGAUGCCAUCGGACAGACAUUCGUCGUUAUAGAGAAGAUUGCCCAGUUCCACGGCCUGUUAACUGCACACGCGAAUAUGGAAGUCAGCCAGCAGACUUUGGCGCUGCUUAGGAAUCAAGACAAGAAGUUCGAUGCCAGUAAGGACAUGUUGGAAAAUGUUCUGUCGCAAUUGCAUGCUAUCUCGGUCCAUUUCACUAAGGAAGAGGAUAUCCGUGAGACGGCAUCGCUCGUUAGAGAACAUGUUGACCAGAUACAAGAUGACCCAAUACUCUCGAAAGGUUCAGCGUCUGAGCCUGACAUAGAUCACGCAGAAAAUUCCCAAAUAAAUAUUCUUGACCAGCUCGGGGGACCUUUCUCCCAUCUGAAGAGUUACAACCAAGAAACGCUCCGUAGGAAAGGUGCGAUUGAAGAAACCCCGGAGAUGCGUUCUCACAGAUCGACGCAGCGCAAUUUGCUACGGUCGGAAAAGGUUCUUGCGUGGAUUGAGUCUGAUGUUUCGCAAAUCCUAUGGGUUGAAGGGAAUAAUGUACUACGACGAUCAGACUUCAAUGCUAGCUUUGCCAUACCACUCCUGGUGAUGGGAGAGGGCAACUACGAGUCUACUCUCAUCCUUCGCCACUUCUGUGGAGAUAUCGGAAUGGCCCGAAAGCCGAGUACGCUGAUUCAGGCUUUGCUUUACCAGGUUGUGGAGCGAAAUCCCCAUAUCCCCAGGAAAAGUAAAGAUAUUUUCACGCAGGAGAACACACUAAGCAACCAGGCUCUCUGGGGUUUACUCAUCGAGUGCUUGGACGAAGUCAGUCCAGAUUGCACCUUCAUUAUCAUCGACAGCUUUGACAAGCUUGAACAGGGUGAGCCGGAUGAGGAAGGUGAAAUCAUAACGUAUCUGGACAACCUUGUGAAGGACAAGUCUCGGUGCGUGAAGGUACUGCUCACAGCAUCUCUUGCUUCGCCCCUGCCAACGCUUCCUGAUGAGUACCACUCUCUCGUUAUCCAGCGAUCGCCAUACAGAGGUGUUCAGCGCAGCCUUUCGACAGUUGUUAUGGAAAGCCAAUCUCACUUCAUCUCUCACCAACUAGUUGAGAUUCAGGAGAAAAGGUGUAAGGCUGUCAGAUUUCAUGAAACUCCCUUUCUUUAUCCUGCCGGAUCUAUGAUAUAUCACAAGGAGGGUGAUAGUUGGCGAGCAUUUACUGUGACAGAGCUUAGUGGUAUGAAUCCGGAACCCUUUGGCAAAUUCACGCCGCUCGUGAUACGCGCAUGGUCUGUUGAUCACAAUGGGAAGUACUUUGCAAAGAGUUACCAUGACCUGACUGUUCAUCAAUUCAGCGGUACACGAACAAUCACUAGCCUAAAGUUCAUUCCCGCUGGCUUCUUGCCUGAAGAGGGAAUUGUUCGCAAGGAGCUAAUCCGACGUGGCCGGAAGUACUGGCAAUUGGCAAGCUCGGUGAACUACAAGCAGCUUGGAAAGGAAGAUGGUCCUGUUCGAGUUAUCAUUGAUCAACAAAUUCGGCCCUUGGGGAAACCGCCAGCUCAAGAGUUUACUGAGCAAUUCAGGCUCAGUCCCGCAUCCGAUUUGAGGCCUCAAGCAUUGAUAGCUUGCCAACCAGUGAUUGAUGUCUAUCUUCUUUCGGAAUUGCGAUGGUCAGUUGUGGAGAUAGACGAAAUCCAGGAAGUGAUGACCGAUGAAUCUCGGAGCUUCGACAAUCUUUUACUGAAUGUCGGGAACAAGGCCAUUUUAAGGAGCCUCGUAUGGGCGCAAGAAGCCUCCGAUAGAGUCUUAGGUAGUGGCAUCGAAAGGCCAGUAGUGAAGGGAACAACUGUCCUACUACAUGGGCCUCCUGGUUGCGGGAAGACAUUCUCCGUCGAAUGUCUAGCAGAGACUGUCCGGAGACCCUUGCUACAUUUGACGCAUGCUAGUCUAGGAGAAUCCAUUCGUGACCUAGUCGAUAGUCUUGGAGAGGCCUUCCGGCUAUCGGACAGAUGGGGCUGCAUCGUUUUAAUAGACGAUGUCAAAUCCUUUCUCUCACCGCGCAAGGAUGACAUAUCCCAGAACAUCAAUAUAACGUUGUUUAUGCAGCUCACUGAAAAACAUAGCGGAUUACUUUUCCUCACAAUCAAUCAAUUUGGGGCCCUCGACACAGCACUCCUUUCUCGCAUUCAGGUCACACUCUACUACCCAGAAUUCACAUUCGUGAUGGUCAAUCAAAUGUUACAACAACGCUUGCGUAUAAUAGGGGAGCGAGCUCGCAAGGACAAAGGCCGCAUUGAGAUUGAUACCGUUGAUAUUAUCCAACGCGUAGAGCAUAUGCAAAAGUCAGGCCUGUUGACUCUUAGUGGAAGAGACAUUCUGAACCUCUGCGAAACGGCACUUAUACUAGCUAACCAUGAGACCCAUGGUGAUCGCUCAGAGAGAGUUGACUCUGUUCCGAUGUUAAACGCACGGCACUUCGAGACAGUCAUUCGUAUGAGAGGCGAUUAUCAAAGGUAUAUAGCAGACACACAGGGGUCCCUUCCAGGAUAA